UUAUUCUUCCUACUGAUACGACAAGGUAGAGUAGCUUAAUAAUAUUCAUCGUGUAUUCAUUCUCAUCAUUCUUGUCAUUGUCAUUGUUAUUGUUAUUGUCAUUCGAUUAUCAUUAUCAUCAUCAUCUUCUUCUUCUUCAUUAUUUCACAGCAACCUAUGACAUAAGACAAUUCAUUUCCUAUAGCCGCGAAAACCUGUGAAUAUUCUGUUCGUCUUCUUCCUCUAACUCUUUCGUUCUUUCACUCUCUUACACCGUUACUUUGUUACCUCCUUCAAAGAUUGUUUGCUUCGCCAGUCUCACAUUCACCUAAAAUCCUAAUAUACUCUUGCUCCUUCCGAGACUUUUUCUUGUCUACUUUUGAACUGCACUUUGGAUCAUUUGGACACUCAUAGCUACAUCACCUCGAUCUACAUUAAUCCCACUGUGACAACACAUGCAACAAUACCACCUUCAAUACUACCUUCUGCAACAACAUCGGGGAUAACCUGCGACAGCCCAUACAGUCAGAUUUGACCUAGUUCGACCUUGUGCCACCUUGUAUUGGAUACAUUUUUGAGUUACUACUUGUAUUUCAACCCCGCAGACGGAGAGAGUGUUUGAGGAAGUAGGAAUAUAUCAUUAUAAAAGUGGCAUCACAAGCCGUCAGUAUGGAGGCAGACUCGUUGAGUAAUGAUAUGAGAGGGUGGAUCAUGGCUAUUAUCAGUGGAAUAGCAUGUGUCAUUGGUAGUUGCAUAAUAUGCAUAGAUCUAUUGAUUAGAUAUAUCCCCAGCAAGAAGAAUUUCAGGAUACAAGAUAACAAUGCUUUCCUAGCUGCAUCUUUAAGUUUGAGUUUUGGUGUAAUGAUAUUCUCUUCGCUAUAUAGUAUGCUCCCAUCAUCGAAAAAAUAUCUGAUGGAGGGUGGUUAUACAGCUCAAGCUGCUGCAUGGACUCUUCUGGCUUGUUUCGCUGCAGGAUUCAUUGGCAUACAAAUUGUUUCGAGACUCAUGCAUCAAUUUAUCCCCUCGCAUGUCUCACAUUGCGAUCAUUCUCACAAUCAAGAUGCAGCGCAUCACGACCACGACCACGACCACAACCACAACCACAACCACAGCCACAAUCACCAAACCUUCGAUGGCUUUGAUGACCACCAUGAUAAUCAUCUUCCACUAUCAAAAUCGAGUUCUCAUGUAGCAGUCAAUCAAGGAAACGGUGCGAUGACGGAAACUACACCACUUCUCGCUUCACAUGUCGGAGAGAAUGGAAAGCCUUCAAUUGAAGCUCUUGCACCACCAAAUAAAGAUUCUCAGUCAAGCAAUCGCCGCCAAUCCCAUAAUCUUACCAGGCGACCAUCGCUCAUGGUAGUUCAUGACAGGGUGAUGUCUUUUGUAAAGGAUAGGAAGGCCAAUUGUGACGAGAGUGGACCAUGUUUUGGAUAUUCUGACCUUUGUGGACGAGAAUGCUUGAAAACCCCCAUGAGUACAAAAAUUCCUUAUCCGGCGCGAACUCCCACAGGCACCUUGUCAACCCGAUCUCAUUCUUUCACAUUACCAGAAGAAGAUGAAGAAGUGGCUCCAGAUAGUUCAGCACAAUUACGCAGGGCUACUUCCGAAACGGAAAUUCCCAAUUGUCAUGACUCUGACAUUGAAGCUCAACAACAUCAUCACCACGUUCCCGAAAAUGCGUUCAUGGAUAUUGGUCUUCAAACAAGUAUAGCUAUUGGACUACAUAAAUUACCAGAAGGUUUUAUUACAUUUGCUACAAACCAUGCAAACCCCGAACUUGGAGUUUCUGUCUUUUUAGCUUUACUUGUUCAUAACAUCACUGAAGGGUUUGCAAUGGCUUUACCAUUAUACCUAGCACUUGGUAGCCGACCACGAGCUAUCUUCUGGAGUUCCUUCCUUGGAGGUGUGUCACAGCCAGCCGGUGCCGCAAUUGCAGCCGCAUGGUUUUCAAUUGCCGGACGGGAAGGUCAUGCGCCUAAUAUUGUGGCUUAUGGAUGUAUGUUUGGUAUCACGGGGGGUAUUAUGGCUAGUGUCGCAUUGCAUCUUUUCGCGGAGUGCCUGGGUCUGAAUCAUAAUAGAAGCUUGUGCAUUUCUUUUGCAUUUGUGGGCAUGGCGUUAAUGGGUAUGAGUAACGCUCUUACCUCUCAAUAAGGAAGUGUGGGGAUGGGAAUGGAAAUCGAGAUGGGCACGCAUUAUGAAUAGAUGAUAGGCGUUUUUAUAGGAUAUUAGCAUACCAUGGGAUUGGGUCUUAUUUUGGAGGGUAUUUGGGGAGUUUAUUGUGUGUCUUUGGUGGGCUUCGAUGGAUAUUGGAUCCUUAGUUGCGAGAUUCGAUGUAUUUUUAUUUCUAAACUCUCGGGUUCGAAAUUGGUGAGCGAAUAGUUAGAAAUAUUAGUUAUGCUUAGACUCAGGCUUGGUUACUAUGAAUACACUCAAUGGUUCUGUAGCUAAGUAAAUA